CCCUCUUCUUUUUAUCUCAUUCUCUUCUCUUAUUUCAUUUCUUUUCUUUUCUCUUUCUUUUAUCUUUCUUUUCUCUCACUCACAUGGAACCUCCACCGGGAGAAGAAGAGGAACAGCGAUUCCACCGAGUCGAUUCACUCUCCGAACCGGAUCUGACUUCAACCAGCUCAAGCCCGUCCUCGAUACUCAGUGCGGAGGAUUCUAGAAGCACGACGAGUUCUGGCGAUAUCUCCGGAACGAGCGGGAGUUCCGGUGAGAUUUUAGCGGCGGAAGCUGUGGUUCCGAGGUUGCUUGAGCCUGCGCCUACUUGCGAGGAGUUGGUGGUGACGGUUACGGCGACGCAGAAAUGCGUUGGAAGGAAUAAUAAGGGAGUGACGUGGGGGUUCACUUCGGUGAUUGGUAGACGGAGAGAGAUGGAAGAUGCUAUCGCCGUUAUACCGGCGUUCAUGUCCCACACGUGCGAUCACGUGGGAGGUUGUACGGCUCCUGGUUCUAGAACCUCCGCUGAAAUCUCCCCGAUCCAUUUCUUCGGCGUCUAUGAUGGCCAUGGAGGCUCACAGGUGGCUAAAUUUUGUGCUGAGAGGAUGCAUGGAUUGGUAGCAGAGGAAUGGGACCGUGAAGUGGUUGAGAGCUCUGGGUGGCAGAGGAGAUGGGAAAUGGCAUUUUCCAGUAGUUUUAAGAGGGCUGACAAUGAAAUAUUGACUGCAGCAGUUGCACCAGAAAUGGUGGGAUCAACUGCUGUUGUUGUAGUUUUAUCUGGUUGCCAGAUUAUUACAUCCAAUUGUGGUGAUUCGAGGGCAGUGCUUUGCCGGGGUACUGAAACAAUUCCGUUAACUGUUGAUCAGAAGCCUGACAGACAGGAUGAGCUCAUAAGAAUUGAGAGAGAUGGAGGGAGAGUAAUAAACUGGUAUGGUGCUAGGGUCCUUGGAGUUCUUGCAAUGUCCAGAGCUAUAGGUGAUCGCUAUUUAAGGCCUUGGAUAAUUCCUGUGCCAGAGAUUACCUUCAUGACGAGGACGGAUGAGGAUGAGUGUUUGAUACUGGCCAGUGACGGGUUGUGGGAUGUCAUGACAAAUGAAGAGGCUGGGGGGGUAGCUCGCCGCCUACUAAGACGGCGUCGUAAGUCUUCGGUGGCUGGUGGAGUUUCUCCCGCUCAAGCAGUAGCUGAUAAUCUCACUGAAAUAGCAAUAGGACGAAACAGUUCGGAUAAUAUUUCUAUCAUCGUUGUGGACUUAAAAUCCAAGAGGAAACGCCAGCCAAGGCAGUGAAAAAGGAGCAAAUUCAUUUUCUUUCUUCAAUUACCUCGUAAUACAAUUCCUUCUGCCCUACUAAAGUUAACAGAUGAGGUUGGCAAGAAAGACGUGGCAAGUUCACCUAGUUCCACAACCAAACAGAUCACAAUUACUCUUCCUGACCUUUACAAAGUUAACUGGAAUAUGACAUCUAUUCCAUAAUAGGAAGAGGUUUGGUACCGCAAACCGUUAGAUCAAUCAUCACUUUUAACUGGUUUGUUCAAGAGAUAGAGAAGCAGGGAUAUAAAAUAAUAAAAAAAAAAAGCUCCUUCGUGCAUAUGUUCCGAAGGUUGAGAAAGAUAGGGAAGGAUGAGAAUAUCUAAUGUUUAAUCUCCCUGUUUUUUAUUUUCUUUUCCAAUUCCUAUCCUUGUCUUCUCCCAAGUAAUUAGAGGGAAACUAGGGAAAUGUUGAAGCAUUGGAAGUGCGCCUUUAGCACUCA